CCGCUGUUGAAAAAUAAAGAGUUCCUAUUUUUUUCUUCUUGUCUGGCAACAUAGGUUUCAUGGUUUUUGUUUACAACCGUUGUUUGUGUUUCUGUCUUGAAUAUUUUGGUGCUAUUUCAUCUCGUUUAUACUUACUCUGGUGAUACAAGUCAAAGUUUGCUUGCUCUCUUAAAAUGCCGAAAUUAAUCUUAAAACCAUUUGAUGACAGAUUACAAACCGUCAUCAUUCCAAUGGGUAAAACCAUUAUAGGACGAGGCCCUUUACUAAACUGUCGCGACAUUCGAGUUUCCAGAAAUCAUGCAUCUUUAGAAAUUACAAAUAGUGGAGAUAUCAUUCUUACUCCUAUGCAUAAAAAUCCAUGCUGUUAUAAACCAACUCAUGAAAGAAUGGGCAAGAUCCUUAAACAAGGAAAGCAAUAUAAAUUGAGAGAUGGAGAUUCUUUUUCUCUGCUGCCUAGAUCACAUAAAUAUAGAGUAAUAGUAAUGGGUGACUCAAUCUAUGAUACUAACGUUCAUGAGAGAUUGCCAGUUCUAUUAGGUGGAAAUGUAUCAACCUUAUUGCGACACAGUAGUUUUAUCAUAAAUCAAGGAAAUCCGGUUGCAUCAUCAUCUCGGUCUGGGAAUGGUUAUGAAGACUCCUCAACGUCACACCCUAAUAGCACUCCUGCAAAUAGGAACGGUGAUACUCGAGUAUAUGACCCUACAAUAUUUUAUACAUUUGUUUCUGCAGAAGAUCGUCGUCAGGACUGAAACUCUCAUUUUUGUAUAUUCAUUGUUCAAAAGAUAAGACUGAAACACGGCUGGUCAUUUGAAAUAAGAAGAUUAAAAGAUCAAUUUUUAUUUCUAAAAAACCGAAGUAUGAAAAAAAAUUCUUAACAUUGAUUUGAUUACAUUAAGCAGUUGGUGGUUUAAUACACAUUUCAUGUUUACAUUGUUAUAUUAAGAGAUUUGACAAUGUUAUAGAAAAUAUCAUUGUAUGAUAAGAAGUAAUUUUAUUCUUUUAUGUAUUUAAUAUGUUAUUGUCUUCCAUUACUCCUCAAAUCUUCAGUGACAUAUUCUGUGUAGCUCUUUUCAUUGCAUUCACUAUCCACUAUUUGAUGCGACAGUAGUGGAUAGCUUUGCAUUACUAUUUGAGGCAAA